GACAAUAAACAUGAAAACUGGUGCGUUACACAAGUUGUUAUGUAGGGAAGUAAGAAGGCUCGGCUAGUUUGUGUCCGCACGACUGCUACCGCUGAGCUCAAUGGUCGUAACGACUCGACUCCGUUUGAUUUGGCGUCAUUUUACCCACAGUAGAAUGGGAGAUAUCUCUUCCAAAACACAGAUGCCGACUCCAGAGACCGCUCUACCCGGGAGAAGUGAAAGUUUAAAAGUAUCAGCCAAGCACGACGUCAACGGAAACAGGACUGUUCCACCAUUCCCCGAGGGACUUCAGAUGUCUAUGUUUGGGAUGGGCUGUUUCUGGGGAGCAGAGAGGAAGUUCUGGAAGCAGAAGGGGGUCUACUCCACCCAAGUGGGCUAUGCUGGAGGCCUCACCCCCAACCCCACCUACGAAGAGACCUGCACAGGUAGAACAGGUCAUACUGAGGUUGUCCGGGUGGUCUGGGAGCCAGAGAAGACAAGUUUCUCCACGCUGCUCAAGGUGUUUUGGGAGAGCCACAACCCAACUCAAGGAAUGCGCCAGGGCAACGAUGUAGGAACGACCUAUCGAUCAGCCAUUUACACAUACACACAGGAGCAGCUUGAACAGGCUCUGGCCUCCAAAGAAGACUAUCAGAAGGUCCUGAUAGAGGGGGGCUUUGGAGAAAUCACCACAGAGAUAGCCGAGGCCCAGGAGUUCUACUAUGCUGAGGACUACCACCAGCAGUACCUCAGCAAGAACCCCCGUGGAUACUGUGGCCUGAGCGGCACUGGAGUCUCCUGUCCAAUAGGACUCAAGAAAUAACCACCUCUGUCCAAUAGGGAAUGACCACCAACCUCUCCGAUUGGCUAGUUUUGUUUUCUAUGAAUUUAAAUGGCAGUUGCCUUAAUUCCGAUGCAGUAAUGAAGCAUAUUCAGGGUUUAUAUAAAAACAUAGAGACUUGACUUAAAUGAUUUCAAAUGCUUUGGUAAUCAAUCACUACAAACUUAAAUGAAUGUACCCCAGUAUGUACCCCAGUAUGUACCUGUAUGGACCCCAGUAAGUACCGGUACAUACCCCAGUAUGUACCCCAGUAUGUACCAGUAUGUACCCCAGUAUGUGCCAGUAUAUGUACCAGUAUGUACCCCAGUAUGUACCAGUAUGUACCCCUGUAUGUACCAGUAUAUGUACCAGUAUGUACCCCAGUAUGUACCAGUAUAUGUACCAGUAUGUACCAGUGUAUGUACCCAAGUAUGUACCCAAGUAUGUGUACCAGUAUAUGUACCAGUAUAUGUACCAGUAUGUACCAGUAUAUGUGCCAGUAUAUGUACCAGUAUGUACCUCAGUAUGUACCAGUAUAUGUGCCAGUAUAUGUACCCGUAUGUACCAGUGUGUACCCCAGUAUGUACCCCAGUAUAUGUACCAGUAUGUACCCCAGUAUGUACCAGUAUGUACCCCUGUAUGUACCAGUAUAUGUACCAGUAUGUACCCCAGUAUGUACCAGUAUAUGUACCAGUGUAUGUACCCAAGUAUGUACCCAAGUAUGUGUACCAGUAUAUGUACCAGUAUAUGUACCAGUAUAUGUGCCAGUAUGUACCCCAGUAUGUACCAGUAUAUGUGCCAGUAUAUGUACCCGUAUGUACCAGUGUGUACCCCAGUAUGUACCCCAGUAUGUACCAGUAUGUACAUCAGAUUGAACUCUAUGGUGUGUUGGUGGAUUAAACGAUUAAAAUGCC